AUGUCCCAACCUACUCCCGGGAUGGAGGUUCCUGUGGACGCACCGUCUAGGGAAUACAUUGCUAGCACCGGGUCUGACUCUCUCAUACCUCAAAAUUCAUCCCAGAUUUCUGAUUCUCGCGUUUCUUCCGAUCGCGAGCGUCCCUCUUCUGUUUUAAUCGUAUGUGACACCCCCACUAUUAGCAGCCCCGAGAAACCAUACAAUGAUCGAUCGCCCUCCAAGCCUCAAUCCAACUUCAUGGCUGAUAUGCUUAACCCUUUUGAAGGGAUAUUGUCUUCCUCUCCGACUAUCUCCGUCCGUCCGUUCCAUCAGAUGGGACUUCAAGAGGAAUUUCCCCUCGGCGUCCUGAGAGAAGCUUGGGUAGACUUUAAAACGAAUACCAAAAGUACCCCGGAACACUUCGAUAGUAGGCCCUCGGUAGAACCUACCAACGAUAUCUUGAUCGAAUCUGUUGAGCUUUUCACAUCCGGACGCAAUCAAGAGAUACGAUUUCACUUCAAAGACCCCCGGACUCCUCUGCCUGGAGACUUGGUCUUGAAGUCAAAUGUGGUCAAGCGCAACAUUGGACGCCAUGCAACAAAAUACAAGCGACUACUAAGUUUCAAACAUUUUUUUGGGGACUUGGCCUUAUCAUCAUCCAUUUCCCAUUGCCUGUACUUCACAACCGAACGCCCACCCCCGGCGCCAUAUCGACACAGCUUUGAUAGACCUAUACCACUGGAUCCCGUAAUCGUCCUAAUUGACAUGAUUUCGUCAUACAACUCGCGCUUGCGAUCUGAGGUGCCAAUACUUGAGGUGCUUUGGGUAGUCAUGUGCCCGUCUGAAGGAAGACCGAGUACCCACGCCGCGAAAGUGCUCGGGACCGAUAGGAUUGGUUCCGAUAGUCCCACGGGUCCACGGCCACCCAGCGCUUUCUUUGGGUCUGACCCCGAGGCUCGGGAUGGGAUCGACGCAUACUUCAAUCACCAACAUGAUCCAACGAGUAAACGGUCGGAACCUGAGCCUGAUUUCCAGAACAAGCCUGAAAUCCAGCAAGCAGUAGAAUAUCUCUACGAUAACUUCAGAUCCCAAUUCCGUAAACUUCGGUAUGAUAUACAUAGCUCCCGCCAGGAACACCCUGGAGACAUGCGUAACUACAGGAAUAAGAGCCGAAAAUCGCAGUUGAAUAUGGCCAACAGACGAAUUUCUGCCACAAUAGAACGGUAUGAAAACCAAAUUGCCCAACUUGACGCGACGCAGAGCCCAGUGAGCAAAUUGUCCGGGGUAACUCAAUCAAUCCCAGACAUGGAGCAAACAAUUCUUAAACUCCAAAAAGACAUAGAAAUGCUAAAAGCCGGCAGAGACCCCACCAACUCCCACCAGGCUGCAGAGAAUUCUGAUAAAGGCUUGGAGGGAGUGAGAGAGAAACCUGAGACAAAGGUCGAGGACAAAAACCCAGGAGGACUCGAUCAAAAGGAGAAGGAUAUAGCUGGGGAUGGGAUGGGAAAGAAGGCGCAGUGGCAGGCAGCAGGGCAUGAACUUGCGGCAGUGGAAUUUCAAACCGACCCAAAGAAAGAUACCAGACACGAUUCAAAGGUGGAGAAGGGUGAGGGGAAUGCAAGGGCCGAGACAGGCGUACAGACCCAGUCGACAAUUCAGCCGGAGACGGAGACGAGGAAACAAGUAGAAAUCGGGGUUGAGGCGAGGCUGGAGACGGGAACGGAGAGGGUGAUAACGAAGACAGUAAAGGAAGAUAGUGACCUAAAAGAAGGGGGGAGCAGUCAAGUGGUGGGAGAGAAAGGGGGGUAA